AUGGCGGAUGAGCAAGAGGGCGCCCUCGAGCGUCUCAAGCGGUUCUAUAGGCACUACGCGCUAGCCAAGGUGGCGACGGCUGAACUCACCCUUGAGGCUUACUCAGGCCGAGAAGAGGCCAUGUUUAGAGCUCUGGAGAUAAAGUAUGGCCCUGAGGCGGAUGUUACUCCGUUGAACGUUGCGGCCGCGAUGGCACCCCUCACCGUGCCGUCUUCACCCUUUUGCCUACGAGAGGGUGAUGCUGGUUGGAUUGAAGAGGCUAAUGACAUGAAAUACGAUGAUAAGAGCUGCCCAGUUCGGCGCGUUGUUAAGGACAAUAAGGACCCAUGGGCGAGUCAUUACGAGAAUGACACUUUGCUGUUGCCACUACACUUUGAUGUUACCCGGAACCGUCUGGAGCGUAUCUACGCUUAUUACGCUCCGGAGCUCUUAGAGAGUGUCGACCUCACUCUGGCAGCCUAUGACGGGCGUGAGAAUGUGCUGUUCCGUCUACUGCAGAAAAAAUACGGCCCAGAGCCGAGUGCUUUCACACCGAUCUGUCCGCAUGUGGAAGCCGACGAGAACGUAAGGCAAACGGCCGAGCUGCGAGUGGAGCUGUGCGGCCUUAACUCCCUAUCGUCAUACGACGCAGUGGCUGCUUUGUUGAAGGUUGGAAUACCACGCGAUCAGGUGCACGCAACGCUGAUGGCUUAUGGCCCUGGACGGGAGUGGUACGCCGCGUCAACGGUGCUUCUCGUUGCACUCAUUGGAGAUGCCCUCUUCGACACUGAUGAGAAACGGCGAAUCGUUUUUCCGUACAACAACCUUGAGCGUCUUACAGGGGCCAUCCCCAGUGCUCUUGAUCAUUUGGCCUUUGAGCAUAUUCUUGCCUACCGCCGUGUGUACCUUGCCUUCAUUUCCGGAGCACGCCAUCUGCGGGCGGAAGAGGUGGCCAUGCGGGAUAUCAUGUGGAGCCGCUUCCAAGCGGCGACCGGCGUUGUAGCGUACAAAGAUGUGAUUCUGCAGGAGGCUUUGCGCUGCCUACCUGUGGUAGAGACGGAAAAGCGGGUCACAAUUAUAGAGGAUGAGACCAGUUCCAGAACGGCGCUCGGCGCAUGGUUCGGGCAGCAGCACCACGACCUGGCUUUGACUUUACUCGGUGGCGCCAAUCGCAGAAUGCUGCGCUGCGCACCAUACAGUACGAGGAUGCGGUCUUCAGGGGCCAAAGUAACGGAGCAGUGGUGCCUUGCAGAGAGUUGGACGAAACGUGUCAAAUCACCGCCUACGACGUCGGAAAGACAAAUAGAGCAGCGACCUGGGCGGCCACAUGUGUGGAAGCACCCCGCAGGCAAAAGUGUUUCUCCAUGUUCCCCCUGGAAGCCAUCAGGGGUCAGCAUCCCCCGACAUGACAAGAUGCAAGGGCACGGCGGGCUUAGAACUUAUACAGAUAAUAAAAGAACACCCUGCGAACGUACCUCACAAAAGAGUUGUCGAGGACACGGACAUCCAGUCUCGAGCCAUACCCCAAGUGCGUCCAACACAAAUACAGCUGAGCUUUUCAACCGCCGUGCAGCGCGCUUUGUCCCGCGUGGGGUGUUUUCUUCUUUACCUCAUUCCAUAUGA